UGAAAAACAUUUCCCACACUCAGGACAGGAAUAUGGCAUUACCCCCGUGUGAGAUCUUUGAUGUGCGGAAAGAUGGGACGUCUGUGAAAAACAUUUCCCGCACUCAGGACAGGAAUACGGCUUCUCCCCCGUGUGUGAUCUCUGAUGUCUGGAAAGAUGAGACUUCCGUGAGAAACAUUUCCCGCACUCAGAACAGGAAUACGGCUUCUCCCUCAUGUGAGAUCUCUGAUGUCUGUAAAGAUUGGAGAUCUGUGAAAAACAUUUCCCGCACUCAGGACAGGAAUACGGCUUCUCCCCCGUGUGAGAUCUCUGAUGUGAGUGAAGAUGGGACUUCUCUGUAAAGCAUUUCCCACACUCAGGACAGGAAUAUGGCAUCACCCCCGUGUGAGAUCUCUCAUGUAACAGGAAUACGGCUUCUCCCUCAUGUGAGAUCUCUGAUGUCUGUAAAGAUUGGAGGUCUGUGAAAAACAUUUCCCGCACUCAGGACAGGAAUACGGCUUCUCCCCCGUGUGAGAUCUCUGAUGUAUGUGAAGAUGGGACUUCUCUGAAAAGCAUUUCCCACACUCAGGACAGGAAUAUGGCAUCACCCCCCGUGUGAGAUCUCUCAUGUGUGGAAAGAUGGGACUUCCGUGAAAACCUUUUCCCGCACUCAGAACAGGAAUACGGAUUCUCCUCCGUGUGAGAUCUCUGAUGUCCGUAAAGAUUGAACUUCCUUGCAAAACAUUUCCCGCACUCAGUACAAGGAAACCUCUUCUC